ACCCGUUUCGUCGUCAACGACAUCACCAUCUCAUCGCAAUACCGACACUCUACAAUAACACCAAAGUCUCUGGACAAUAGAAGCUAUCGUUCGGCCUAUUCAAGAUAGCUCUCAGAAGAUACACAACGGCGACCCCGCCAUCUACAAUUGACUCUCGGCUCCAUCGUCUCAACUCAUCCCGCCCCCAAAGUGAAGACAAUAGUCACAAUACGCUCCCGCCAAAGACGCCGACUCCACUGCCCUGCCCGACAGCGACCCUCUCUCUGCCUCCGGGUUCUUAAAUAGCACUCUAUCCGCCCCACGCGCGCGGUCACCACCUCAGCGAAACCCAAACCACCGAGACACGCGUUGUGGAAUCGCACAGCGCCACCAGCAACCAUCGCCUUGGCAACCGAUACCAAACAACAACAAUCGCACACCGCCGUACACCCACAACACAAGCAGGCAAAAUGACACCGGAGGAGAUGGGCAUCGACACCAGUCGACGCAACCCCAGCCCGCGGCCGCUGUCUGAUAACGAGCGCGCGCGCCUCGAGGAGUUCAUCGACUCUAUUCACUAUUCUACUCGCUAUUCCGACAGCGAGUACGAGUACCGUCACGUCCAGCUACCCAAGGCCAUGCUCAAGGCCAUCCCCUCCGACUACCACGAUAAAUCCAAGGGCACUCUAAAGCUCUUGUGGGAGGAGGAAUGGAGAGCCAUGGGCAUUACACAGAGUCUCGGUUGGGAACACUACGAGGUUCAUGAGCCAGAGCCUCAUAUUCUGUUGUUCAAGCGUCCCCUAAACUACCAACCCCCUCAGUGUUGAAGACAACUUGGCUUGAGGAGGAUUAGACGGGAACACACACACAACACACACAUUUGGAAUUGUACCAUACCUUGCAUUACCAUGAUGCUCACGACUGCAUAGCGAGAUUUCUUUAAUGGGCGACAUGUGCGGACAGCGAUUACGAUCGAUACUAGGAUAAUACUUGGAGGAUACUACUGGCUCGAAUACUUUGCUCCGAUCGAUGCGCCCAUGGCCGUCACCCAAAAAGCUCCCGAGUGUCUGGAGGACAAGAAUCCCAUAUCCUGAUGUGAACGAUCGAAUGACGAUCACGGUCUAUUGCGACACGGAUGGAUUGAUUUGACCGAGACAUAACACAAUAAGUCGGUAGAUCACUGCUGGAAGGGAUGAGCUUGCCGGACCUCUCUGAUUUGGAAGCUGAGGCUGGAGGUGGGCUCGCUAAACUUGCAUAUCCUUCAUGGACCAUUCAGCCAGUUAUUGGCCAAACAUCCUGCUGUCAUGACUGGAACCAAUUCUCAGGCACAGCAAUUGAUAUCUGCAGACAAUAUAGGAGGAGACAAGCGAUUAUGCACGGGGUAUCAUUGGUCUAAUGUCUCCGAGGUAGGCCGUUGAGCUAUGGGUCAGUACGUGAGGAGCGAAUGGAUAGAGAGAAUCAAUAGAAAUGGCUUGUAAUUCAACGCUCCCCAUCGUCUAAAUCAUGAGUUUCUACGUGCUCCUCUGACUCCCCACAUGGUCUUCGACG